GUCUGGCUACUUUUCUCUGAUAAUUUCUGGGCUCACCCCAGGGGCCAGUUUAGAGUUAUAUUUGCCAUGUUGUCCCAAUUCCUCGUUGCUCCUUUACAGAUCCUAUCCACUGUCUUCUCUCCUUGGCCUUACUGUGCCUUCUAUUACACAUACCAUUUCUGACCUCAUAAUCCUUUAGCUACAGCCCCAGGCCCCACCCCUAUAGAUCCUGGCCACCCCCAACUGUCAAAAGUUCUCUCCUGUCUGCCCAGUCAGGGCCUCCUUCAUUUUAUGAAAUACUGCCCCUUCAACCCUCCAACCCUAUGGGCACCCUCAGGCCCCCGGGGCCACUAGAACACCUUCCUUCUGCAUGAUUCAUCAAGGAGUGAAGAAUGAAAUGACCUCAGUAGCAUGUUUAUCAUCAUCAAACAUGGAGACAAUCAAGAGUUUCUGGUCAAUACCAAUUGCUCUGUCCUCCUGUUGCUACACUACACCAGAAAGAAAAUGGGAUUACGGAAAACAGACACCAUUGAUUUGUGUGAUGAAUCGGGGACCAUGAAGUUACUCUUCCUGUCAAAGACACCUGGAGACUAUGCCAGCAAAUUCCUUACAGCUCGAAAUACCUACUAUGUUUGUAAAGUGGAGCGUGGGGCACCAGGUACCAGGAUUGAGAAUUCCUACAAAGCUAUUGUGCCCCUCCUGAAGCAUCCAGAACCUGAACUAGUUGAGUCACUGCGCACACAAUGUGAGUUCCUGGAGAGGAGCCGAAUAAAGAUGCUUAGAACUCUUGAAGCCAAGAGACUGGCAGCCAUGGAAUCCUCUGUAAAUCUCCCAGCAAGAUCUCCCAAGAGUGGUGGAACCCAGCAGACCCCUAGCCCAAGCAGCCAACUGAAGUCUAAAGGUGGGCGAUCAGAUGAAGACGGGCCACCUCCCACCCGCAGACCAUUCUAUAAGACUAGAGCAGACUUUCUCAAGAGACAUCGUUAAGUCAAUAAAGUGACCAAGUGAGAGCAGCAA